AUGAAGUUCCCAACCACGAAUUUUGAUGCUGGGUAUCCUUUGUACGGUGCCAAAUUUAUCAAAGACGACACGGUUGUCGUCGCUGGUGGCGGGGGCGAGGGGAAGAACGGAAUUCCCAACAAGUUGACUGUUUUGAAAGUGUCCCCGGAAUCCGGGUUUGACGUGGUCACUGAAGUCACCUUGUCCGACAACGAUGAUUCACCCACAGCGAUGGAUGCAUUGGGGCCCAACGGUACCGUUCUGCUGGGUUGUAACGAGAACAGUGCUAAAAUUACCUCUGGUGAGGGGAACAAACACCUGAGAAAGUUUCAGUGUAUGACCUCAAAGGGGGAAAAAUGUACGCUCAAACACGUUGAUGCUGUUGAUCUGGACCACUCCAAAAGUAUUGACGACUAUACCAAAUUGAUAGAACUGUCCCCCAAGGGUGACCUCGCUGCCGUCGUGUCGUCAAAGGAGAAUCCAUCGGUACUUAAACUCGUUGACUCGAAGACGCUGGCCACAAGAUUUGAAAUCGAAUCACCUCAAGAGAUCAAGGACAUUAGUGUAUUGCCACAGGGUGAUUCCGUUUGCUUUUUGACCCCCCAUGGGGUCAAUAUUGUUAACACCAAGACUGGAAAGAUCGUGUCGACUCUGAGCGACAUCACAGAGUACAACCUAUCUAAAUGUAAGUUCAUUGACAACAGGACAGUUUUGGUGGCCUCGACUUUCCCACGAGGUAGACCAGGUGUCGUCCUCUUGGAGGUUGACAUCUCUACUGGAGGGAAUCCUCGGAUCACUAAGAAACAAAUCAUAUGCCACAAGUACCAAGGCAUCACCGCUAUGGAUCUAAACAACGGGAAUAAAAUUGCUGCUUUAGCGACAAACAGUAACGAUCUUUUGCUUGUCAAUUUGGUCACGUACAAGAUUGUGGAAACGAUCGCCGAGUUGCACGCGUUUGCUGUGACAAAAGUCACAAUUUCGCCAGACGGGACCUCUGUUGUUAGCGUCAGUGCUGCAAACACUGUGCAUUUGGUUAAGAUACCCACCAAUUUCGAGACACUCCAAACUGACAACGGGAAACUCUUGCAAUACGUUCUACUGUUCUUACUGAUUCUGGCGAUCAGUGUGUUCCUACAACGCAACAACUUGGGCAUCCAGUCUACUACCUCUGAGUAUUUGGAUUGGUUUAUCGCGCGGCCUUCUAAGCAGAGUCCGAAGGUUUACGAUUUUGCUGGGCCUGGAGAGGAGAUGUCAAUUCGUUACGAUUAA